GGCACCUUAUGCCCUCGCGCCCACCGGAACACUAUCCGCAAAAUCCAAAUUUUUUCGUCUCAAUUGAAGCUCCCGCUAGGCAGCGCCGCAGCGGCGGGUGGCCGGACCGCCAGAGGACGUGGCCGAGGACGCCGGACCACUCGGCAGAGGUGGCAGGCCGGCCGGAGUAGCUCAUUUCUUUGUUGUUAUAUUGUCUCAUUUCUUUGGUGUUAUAUUCAAUUUGCGGUGAUUAAUUGUUUAGGGACAAUUUCUAGUAAAUUCAUGCUAAUUUUUUGAACUUUUUUGAAUUUAUUCUGAAUUUGAUUCCGAUAUAUCCGAUAUAUCAUAUUUACCGGUGAUCCUGGUAAAUUUUAUUUACCGGUAAAGAAAACCUUGUUGUUUGGUACAAUUGAUCAUGCUGUCUCUUACCGCACUGGCCUUUUGUUGUUUCUUGUCCAUAUAUGGUUGCAGGAUCUUUGAAGCGGAGACUGGAGUAGAGAAAGCAGCUGGUGCUUUGUAACAGUAGAAACAGUAUCAAAGGGGCCACGGAAUAAUGGAGCCAACGCGUAUAGAGUAUCAGGAAUUAGAAAAAAUUACAGAUGGUUUUGCUGAGGAGCGAAAACUUGGUGAAGGCGGAUAUGGAAAAGUUUACUGGGGGUUACGUGAAAAUGGAGAUGAGAUUGCUGUGAAGAUGCUCCGUGACGAUUUAGGAUUAGAUGAUAAUCUAUUCCAGAAUGAGUUUGGCAACCUUAUGAAGCUCAAGCAUGAUAACAUUGUCCGACUAGUUGGCUUCUGCUACGAGUCAAAAGGUAAUGUCAACGAGCACAACGGAAGAAUAGUUGUUGCAGAGAAGCUAUAUAGAGCUUUGUGCUUCGAGUAUAUGCACAAUGGGAGCCUUCAAAAGCAUCUCUCUGAUGAAUCUUAUAGACUUAACUGGCACGCCAGUUACAAAAUAAUUAAGGAGAUUUGUGAGGGUUUACAAUACCUUCACUGUGGAUCCGACAAACCUGUUUACCAUUUAGAUCUGAAACCCGACAAUAUAUUGCUUGACAAGAACAUGGUGGCCAAACUUGCUGAUUUUGGUUUGUCCAAGAUCUUCGAUGACAAAAAAACCAAGAUCGCACAAAGUGCUAUGGGAACACGUGGAUACAUGCCACCAGAAUUCAUAGAGAGAAACAUAGUAUCCAAUAAGAAUGACAUAUUCAGUCUUGGAGUUGUAAUACUUGAGAUAGUGACGGGACCUACAGGCUACUCAAAAAGUAAUGAAAUGUCUUCUGAAGAAUUUAUCGAUCUGGCACAAGAAAAAUGGAGGAACAAGUUGCAGGCAACAUGGAGUGGUUCCUUGUUAGAAGAAUAUUGCAGACAAGUAAAGAUAUGCACUGAGAUAGCAUUAGAAUGUGUGCAUAAUGAUAGGAAAGAAAGGCCUAGUAUAGUGGCUAUCAUUGAAAGGCUGAAUGAGGCGGAACCUGCGAUUGACAAGGAAAAUAAAAUCAUUGUUGGCACUUAUGGAUUAACUACACAUAGAACCCUUGACAUUGUGAGCCCGCUGGUUGUCAAGCUUGGAAUGUGGGGUGGAAAUGAUGGAAGUUUUCACGACCUCAGUGUGAUGCCUCGACGCCUAGUAAGCGUGACAAUUCGCUGCGGAGAAGCCAUUGAUUCAAUUAUGUUUUCUUACAUUGGCGCGGAUUUGAAUGAGCACAUGGCGGGUCCUUGGGGUGGUCCUUAUGGAGAACAACCUAGAAAGAUUAUCCUGGGCCCAAAUGAGAUUGUAAAGGAAAUUUCUGGUACAUAUGCUCAUUACAAAAUUGCAACGGACGUUAUAAGAUCACUUAGUAUUGUGACCAAUGUUAAAAGGUAUUCAUUUGGUGAAUUGAAAGGAAAUACUUUCAGGAUCCCUGUGGAAAAUAAUGGCCAUGUUGUCGGUUUCUACGCACGUUCAGAGGGGUGGUUCCUUAACGCAAUUGGCGUUUAUAUUCAUCCAUGAAAAAUCAACUGAUGCCCAUGUUACUUCUGCUGAGAGUUCAGCUUCGAAAUUACCCAAUAUUUUUGUUGAAUAAAUUGUAAUCCUGCGUUUCUUUCUCAUUUUUGUUUUUCCCUCCUGUUCUUUCGGUUUCAGUUUCAUCAGUGAAGCGCAUGCCCUUGUUUUCGGCAUGCACAGGUAGUCGAUCGAGUCACGCGCAGCAUGAGCUGGAUGUGGGGUAUGAUGCACAUCACAGAAGCUUAUGGCGCACGCUCAGGAGGCUGCAAUCUCCUGAUUGUAAUCAUUUUAGUAGUGCAUAAAUGGAGAAAAUUCUGCGCAAUCUUAAUGCAGCGCAAAAAUAUACUA